UUUGCUGGUUCUUUAGGAAAGAUCUGGGGCUACAAGUAGCUAUGUUGCUAGUUUUGUGCCGUGUUUGGUCUUCAGUCCCUACUGAUGAGGAACAGAUGCACGACUGUAAAAGGGCGCAACGAAAGGGUGGGGCGCAUACAAAUACAUUUGGCUGCAGGAGUAACAAGCUGAAGUCCAACAGAAAUCGUUUGCAGCUUGCAGUUCCUUCAAGUUCUGACAAUGCAAAUUACUGCACAAAGUUAACCAUCUGCAGAGCACAGAGUGAAGAUUCUAAAGGUGGUGGAGGAUUCCUGACCGGCUUUCUUAUUGGGGGAGCAAUCUUUGGAACACUGGGCUAUGUCUUUGCCCCUCAGAUCAGCAGAACAUUAGAUUCUUUGUUGGAUGAAAAUGGACAAGAUAGUGAAUCUGAUGAAACUGGCCUCCAAAGGGUGCCAAGACCACGGCGUGGUCAAUAUUAUGAUGAAGGUUUGGAGAAAACGCGUCAAACACUGGGCGACAAGAUAAGCCAACUGAACUUGGCAAUUGACAAAGCUGCCUCACGGCUGAAACGUGUCACUGGCAAUGUCGAAAAUGAGGCCUUGACAGAUGAAACAGAAGUAGAGCCUUCAUAGAACCUAUUGGGAUGCCCUCAUUGAAUGAUAACGAGCAUGUGGUAGAAAACUUGAAUGAACAUGGUUUUGUGCAAGGUGAAAGUGCAACAUAAUCAUCAUCCAGGGAGGAAAAAAAAGGGUGCAACCUGAUGGUUUCUAGUUUCAUCAGUUUCAGGAAUACAUCAAUGUCUACAUGCAAUCUUUUUUUCGACGAACGUCUACAUGCAAUCUGGAUUCUGGAGAGGUGAAAUUGUCGGCCUGUUUACCAAUUGACAGCAAGGAUCACGCUCGCAGCUAAAAUCUUUUGUACUCUUGCAAUUCUCUCAGACAUUUUUGCCUCAUGUGAGUUGGUAGUUCUGUGAUAAGUAGAAGAGUCCAAGGAUUUGUCUGACUUAGCUUGGUGCAGUCAAUGUACUGCGUAAUGUUUUUAGCUGAUUGAUUCUUCCAGCUAGGAGAUGUCCGUAACAUUCCAACUUUUGAAGUUUUAGGGAGCCCAUGGUUUUACCGGGGGCUCCUAUGUGGCUUCUGGAAGCUAGUGGCUUCUGGAAGCUAGAUAAGCUUCAUAGCUUUAAA